UUUUCGCAUAUUAUUAUCAAUUCAAGAUCAACACCUCAACAUUCAUUUUAUAGUUGCGGGAUGUGCGAUGCGAUGGUUAGGCGGCGGUGCGGGGGGCGGCUAGCAUGGCGGUGCUGCUGCUAGGCUGGCUUACAGCGCUGUCGUUGGGCCGGCCCGCCGCGACCGCCGCGCUCGGCGACCUCGCGCGCACCGACACAGGCGACGUCUUCACACUCAUAAGAGAGGGCGAGUGCGGUGCGGCGCAGUGCGCGGAGCACGGCGCAGGCGCAGCUCCCCGUCCGCCGGGUGCACAGUGCUCCUGCGCCUGUCCCCAGCGCGCACCGCUCUUCAGGGAGGACCGAGAACUAUGCGUUGAUGAUCUGCCAGAAUGCUCUUUGGCGACUUUCGGUACCGGCGUUGGCGUGCAACGCAUACCAUUUGUAUAUUUACCUUUAAAGGGUCAAAUUAUACAUCCGUCCAGGGAGAUCACGUUUUAUAAUGUCAAAACUCCGAUAUGCGCAGUGUCCGGGGCUCAGUUUCUCACUCGUAAAGGCUUCGUGGAUCUACGGAACACGCUCGACGCUGACGUUCCCUUCAGCCUUUUCCGUGAUGAAGGUCGUACGUUUUUGCAGUGGAGCGGCGAGGACGAGUUGCGCUCGCGCAUGUCAGGCCGUGUGCUAGUUGUGCGCCUGUUGUGCCGCGAUGUAUCGGCGACUCCAGCAUCGCCGCUCGAUCUACGAGGCGUCUUCACACCCUGUGUCGCCUUCAGAGUACAAGGAACGCCCAUCAGAUCACCUAUUAAUAUAACAGAGGUUCAGUUCGCACCGAAUGCACAAACCGCGGGCACUGUCGUUACCUCCGGACUAACUGUUACUGAAUACGUAGUGAUAGGAAUUAGUUCCCUGUUACUUGGUCUCAUUUACGUUGCAUCCGUUUUCUUAUAUCUACACAUACGAAAACGUCGAAAAGCAGCCUCCGAAGAAAACAAUGCAAGGAAACUUAAAAGCAUAAAAAGCAAAGAUGGCAAAAUUAUAACCGAACGAGAUAUAGUCCGAAUUAAUAAUGAACGUAUACAAAAAUUACCCAAUGUUCUCGGACAAGAUGAUGGCGUUAUAAAGAAAAAUCCUCUGUUAAGUCGACAGUACCAUGAUAGCAAGGGAGGUUUUCCUAGUGACUCUGGCAGUAAUGUGUCAGAUUCCGAUGACUUCGCCGGCAGUAGUUCACGAAGCGAGGAAAACGUAUGCAAAAAAAAAACUACAUCAGCGGUCGUCCAUCUCCAAAGCAGAGAAAUGAGACAUCAAAAUGAUACAGAUGUUGCUCACCGAGAUGAAUCAGGAAUUGAAAAACUACCUGACGAACACGUGUCUAUAGUGGAGACAAUCGAGGAUAGAGAAAUAACGCGACCAGUCGGCACCACACGACGGAAACUGUACUUUAAUCCAGCGUACUUUGAACCACACUUGAUGGCUGAACCACCACCAGCUGCUCUUGAAUUUCUAACAAAAAUAAGAGAAGUUAUUUCGAUAGCAAAACACAAAAUGGCCGCAAAACGUUUUCAUCCCGUUCUAAAUGAAAUACCGGAGGAAGAGACUUACAAUUCUGGGAACAGUUUAGAUUUGUAUCACGGUUUAGGAAGCCAGCGUAGCGGUAGUAUUCUAAGUCUUAAACGAGAGAAUAGUAGAAAGAAGUCUGUGAAUUGUGUCGGUUGUCCGGGAUGUACUACUGAUACUGAUCCCAAAAAUCACAUGAAAACUGACGUUAUAAAAUGUACCGGUUGCCUCAAUACAAAAGGUGAUAAACAAAUUAGCAUCCGCAAAUGGCUAGAAAAUAUACCUAAUGGAAAACAGCAAAUAAUGUACAACGAUAUCUCACCUGAUGUUAGUCAAAAUUUAUCAGAAUCACUUUUAUCAUUACCGAAUAUUGGAAAUCGAUGCCGACUUAAGAAACAAGGAAGCUUUUCGUCAUGUAACUCUAUGUAUUCAAGCGAUCAUGUUCAUGCUUCUAAUAGAUCUUCGACACGUUCUGUUAGAUCUGAACCAUCGUUAAGGAACUACAAUAUACCAUUACCUGACUUUGACAAUGUUGAAUGCGAUCACAAUUUCAAUCAAUGUCCAACAAACGAGAUCGGUGAUGAUAUCGCUUUUAAUGAUUAUAGAUCAGGCAGUUCAAGGAGUUACAAAACUCUCCAGCGUAGGAAUAAAAUUCUUAAUAACAAAAAUUCAUUGCCAGAUAUGGUAAAUGAAGCCAUCGCUUUAGAACAUUGUGUGAAAUCUGAAAAUACGAGUAGUUCUGAUGAAGAGAAAUUUAUGACCAGAUCACUGAACAUUGAUGGUCAAAGUACAUUCACUAGAAACAAAUCUGAUAGCCCGAAUGGAAACGAUUAUGAAACUGAUAGUUUAGAAAGAACGACUAACAAAAAGAGAAUUUUGACACCAACUGACUACCCUGAAGUAUCAUCUUCACAAGCAAGUCCCAGCCUAAGCAAUGCUUUACCUUUAGAAGAGGAACUAACAAUGAGAAAUGCUGUUUAUAAAACGAACUCAUGUAGUAGUAGUAAUACUCCUUCGCCCCAAAGAGAUAUUUGCACGGAUCAAAACCAUUACGAAAUUAUUGAAAAAAUACCCACUACUUCGCCUAAUCCUAUCGAAGUAAAAAAUAGUACAAAAGAGAAAAGCGAUUACAGUUUAGUAAGCGAAGUGUAUGUCAACAAUAACUAUAAUUUCGGCAGUACACCAACUACGCCCAGCGGUUCAGACUGCUCUAUGGGGAGUAGAAAAUUCACUCACAUUGAAGACGGUGAAGAGAAGCCAGGUUGCUUGACCAUCGAAGUAAAAGAUCCACCAGAAAACUACAUCAAAAUUCACGAAUCAGACGGUUUUGAGCCGGAUACAUUAGAUCGUAAGCAUCCUAAGAAUAAAGAUUUUAUUCCUAAUAUUCAGUUUAGUCGAAAAGAUUUAGUUGAAACUAUUGAAAACAUCGAAAAACAACCACAAAGAAUACAACUUAGGAGCAGCGGUACCUUUAAAAAAACUUCGAAUCAAGUUGAGUAUACAGCAAAAUUUAACAGUCUUAGGAAAGAACCUGAACAAAAUUGUCAGGCUACCUCCGAUACACGAACUAAACCCAUAGAAGAUACUGAUGAUACAUGGGAUGAUAGUGGGUGGAACGCAGAAGAAGGUCGAAUAUUAACCCUAGAAUACAGACAUUCUAAAAGACAACGACAAUGUACACCGCCCACGAUAAAACAGUUAAAAAACUUAGCUAGGCCUGAUAUUUUACCUCCAUUACCGCCAACCGAGGGCACGUCUUUAUACGAACAACCAAUCAUUCCGGCUAGACGAGUUGAAUAUGAUAGAACUGCUGAAGGAACUUAUUCAAAAAACUCGAAAACCAGAAGCCUCAGUCCGAAACAAACUACCUCAUUGGCUGAACCUAAUUCAUGUGUAAGAGGUGAUUUAAAGAAUGGACCCUCCUGCAGUCCAGUGAGAGCUUCUGUCCAAUCAACUUCAGAAUGUGGUCAAUAUGACCAUAUGCCGUCUACCGCCACUGCUACUUUAUCUUUGCCAAAAACGAGUGUUUCCUGCAGGAAUUCUAAUCGAAGAAUUGGUAGAAAUUGUUGUAGUGGUACUAUAGACACUAGUACUUUCGUUAGGGGUAAAGAAGACGGUCAUAGUAGAACUAAAUAUAGACGAAAAAAGGGUAGUAAUAUAGACGAUUCUGGUUAUUUAAGCAGUGACUCUACAAGUUCCAGACAAAUUCAAAGAAAAUUAGUGAUAGCUAAAAUAGUUAACGGUAGUGAUACAGACGAUACUGAAAACGAGGCGAGAAGUGAAUCCGGUGCGGAAAGUACUGAGACGCAUUCUGUUUAUUUCGGUAGUUUUAGAAAGUUGCCAUCAAGUGACGAGAAUUCCAAUAGUAGUCAGACAUUUAGAAACAGUUUACGUGAUGUUAAACGAUAGUCGUAAAAACUAUUUAUUUUGAAUUAAAUAUAUAAUAAUUGUGUGCAAUAAGUGAUAAGAAAUUGUGCAAUAGUUUGUGCAAUAAAUACU